GAAAGUGGUCCGCGUCUCCAGUAUCCGCGUUCAUAAAUCGCUCCGGUUCUAGUCUGAUCGACCUCACAUUCUCUCCUCCACUGUAUGAUGUUGAUGACCAUGACGCUGCUGAGGACGAGCGACUGGCAUCUGAAUGUCUACUCCACACGCUGAGCUUUCACCUCUCUCGUGUGCGCUCUAUCACCUUCGAGUGCACAUCCUCUGCCAGUAUGGGACUCAUUGUGGAACUACUCAUAGAUAGCCUUCACGAAUUAAAGUCAUUAUGCUCCUUGGAUCUGUCCUUCACAAGCCUUGCCCCAUGCUUUGCAGGCACACCACUACUCGUACUGGAUGAACUGGGCAAACAGAGUCUCGCUGACACACCAAGCGUCCUUACCUACCUCCGUCUCCAACAACUACCACCGCGUGUCAUUUCGCCAUCUCUCUUGCGGUCUGUGCAAACUCUCGAGCUCUCCUUCCCUCAACGAAGAUCCCAGCGUGCUCCUCAGUACAUCCUACGAAUGUCCCAUGUGCACCGUUUUUUGAGUUUUAUUCCAGAGCUCCAAGACUUAGUUCUUAUGGAAACUACACCUCUUCGUGAUGUUGUAUUCGAGGAACCUAGCGAAGGACAGACAACGGAAAAUCGGUUCGUCGUUGUGGACCCGCUCAAACUACAUAAACUCAAAAGCCUCACAUGGAAAUUCGCCAAUCCCCGCGACGUGUACACCUUCAUGUCUUUCUUCGGCAUGCCUGCUUUGGAACGAUGGGAAAUUUUGAUCGCCAACUCCCUAACGAAGCGGAACGACGUCAGCAUGCUUCGCGGCAAUCAUGGGCACGAAUCAGAUUCGUUCAUCCAGGCAGAACGCCUCGGAGGCGUCCGAUCCAUGACCGCGCUUAAGGAGUUGUGCGUCAGCUGUCAGGAUGGCGAUUCCCUCAUUUCUUCGCUGCGCCAAUUCUUCUUCCCUGUGCUCGAGCAACUCGAGCUUGCAUAUGCCGGAAAGUGCCCCUCAAAUUGUGAUCACAAACAUCCUCUCCCGCGCCUUGAUUAUGUAUUUCGCGACCCUCGUCUCCCCCACCUUACGCAUUUCACGUUGUCACACUUUGAUGUCUUUGCCGGGCACGGGAAGCUCAUGCUUGGUUACAUGCCAGGCCUCGUAUCAUUGACGCUGAUAUCGUGCACUGGUGUGGACGGCGUGCUAGACGCGCUUGCCGAGGCGUAUGGUCGCACGAUGGAUGUAGAACGCAAAGAAACGCGUGGAUGUGGUGUUAGAGUUUGUCCGAAGUUGGAAAGGAUAGCACUUUGGAGCUGCUCUGACUUCAAAUUCCAAAGCUUAUUUGCAGUCGUAUUUGCACGUGCACAGUCUGUAAGCACCAGCGUGCUCAUGAAAGCUCAAAAGGACGUGCCUAGCGUUGCCUCUGCGGUCAUGGGCCGUAAGAUACUGCCGUUGAAGAAAUCGCGCGUGGUGUCUCCACAGGGAGGCCCGUCUUCUCCCGCAAAGCCACAUACAAUGCAGAACUUUCAUGGAGUGUCAUCGACAUUGAUUCCCAUCGAGGAGGCUUUACGCCCUGUUCAAAUCGCCUGCGUCCAUGUCAACGAUUGUCCCCAGAUCACCAAGGUCGAUGCAUCAUUGCUGGAGGAGUUUGGCAUAGUUGUUGUAUAUCGGUGAUCACGUUCCUACGAAGCACGGUGAUGAAACUGGACCUAACUAAGAUAAUAGCCCUUCUAGCAAUGUAUCCUUUAAAGUAACUCCAAGCUCCGCAUGCCAAUCUUGAGGCUGCAUAUCAUGUUUGCCGCAAGUUUUGCCACGCUAUUUCAACCCGAUUUUAGAAACCCGGAGGAUAUAUGGUACACGCGAGACUGUUUUCUUGAUCGGAG